UCUUUCUUUUUCCCUAGAUUGAUGACAUGUUUAAUGAAGUCAAAUUUAGUGAGUACGUGGACACUGGAAACCUCAUUGACAAAAUCAACUUACCAGACUUCCUCAAGGUUUACCUCAAUCACAGGCCACCUUUCGGUAACACCAUGAGCAGCAUCCAGCAGAGUUUCAACGUGCUCGGCGUCACCAACUCCAAAGGAGAAAAGGUCAUUCGGAGAGAGGACCUCCUGAAACUGCUCCUAACCAAAGGUGAGCACAUGACAGAAGAGGAGAUGUCAGACUGCUUUGCUUCGCUGUUUGGCCUGAAUCCUGAGGGGUGGAAAUCCGAGCCUGCAGCCUCCUCGGUCAAAGGUACUGGGGCUGCCUUUGUCUGGGCGUGUAGCUGCAGCUCCCUAAUUUGUUGGAGACUUAAGUGCAUUCACUUCUCCUGACUGGUGCAAGCCACUUUCCUUAAGACCGUGCACACAACAGUCAGUCUGCUGGGAAUCCCACAUGAAUAAGCUGUGACAAGCCGGUGGGUAGUGGUUGUGUCCAUGCGAGGACAGCUUUCAUUCCUGCACUCUGUUCAUCCUUUUGUGUCUUCUGCUCUUGUUUUCUUCUUUAGAAACUGACCUGUUCUUCAUCUUUCUGGCUUGUGUGGGUGAACAUAAGCCACUUAGUAGAAGGUAGAGUUUGAUAGUGGUUUCAGAAGACGUGGGUAAGGAGAGGCAACUUGGUGGUAGAACAAACCCAGCUUCAAGCUUCCAGAACACUAAAGUUCUUAAGGAUCAUCCUGUGCUCAGGGUGUGGGAGCCCCUGCCUAGCAUUCUUGAAGCCCCGGGUUCAUCUCCAGCACCAAAACAAAACAAAACAGGGCUGAUGGAGCACUCAAGUGGUGGAGUGCCUGCCUAGCAAACCUGAGGCCCUGAGUUCAAAACCCAGGACCAAUUAAGAAGAAACAAAAACAAAGAAAAGAAUCCUCCUCCUCUUCUUUCUGCUGUAGCUUAAGGAUGGUCCAGCUUCUUCUUC